AUGCCGUCUCACCGGGAGGAUUUAGAUGGAGCUGCAUUAGGAAUCAUCAGAGUACAGGAGAUAUAUGGUCUUUAUCCAGAGACUCUCACUGGAGGCAAUCUGACCGGAAUACCAGCACCCUUAGGCCCAGACGAAGCCUUUCACAUAGCACAAGUGGCAUAUCAACACAGAAGGUUCCAGCUUGCCUUUCUCUGGGCAUCAGAGAGCCUCACACAAGUGAAGAAAGGUGUAGAAGCUGACGUCACAGAAACUGCGUUGCUUGAGUAUCUGGCCUCCUCAUCCUUGCAUUUUGGGGAUUUUAAUGAAGCAUUCUUUUCCUACCAGCAGUUACUGCAGCAUGAUCCGAUGAAUGCAACAGUCAGAGAACAACUCUCAGAGUGUGAAAUUAAGCUCCUUUCUGAGACGUCCUCGGACAUAACCAGUCUUGAGAAGUCGUCAGAUCCCUACAUGGCUCUUUGCAGAGGAGAGGGAAUCAGAAUGACUCCCCAAAGACAGAGGGCGCUGUUCUGCAGAUACAGCACUGGUGGAGGGAACCCUAGACUGAUGUAUGCCCCAGUGAAGGAGGAAGAUGAGUGGGACAAUCCACCAAUCAAAAGAUAUCAUGACAUCAUAUCUGAGAAAGAAAUGGAGAUCCUGAGAUCACUAUCCCGACCAAAGCUGUCAAGGAACAAGGUUUCAAAUCGAGGAGGAGGCAGAAUAUCAAAUGUCCGUGUGUCUCAGGGUGCAUGGCUUCAUGAUCAUGAGGAUCCUGUGGUUGCUAGAGUUAGUCAAAGGAUUGCAAACAUCACUGGUUUGCAUUUGAAAAAUGUCGAAACUUUUCAGGUUGCAAAUUAUGGACUUGGAGGACAAUAUAAACCUCAUUUUGACGCCCUAGUAAGAUUUCCUGUGCCGGGAAGUUUUGAUGAAAAGGCUGGAAACAGAAUUGCUACCGUCUUAAUUUAUCUGAGUGAUGUGCAGUAUGGCGGGGCUACAGUCUUUCCUGUCGCUGGGGUAGCAGUGCAACCUCAGAAGGGCUCAGCUGUGUUUUGGUACAAUCUCCUGAGGAACGGGCAGAGGGAUAAUAACACACGGCAUGCAGGAUGUCCAGUCCUCAUUGGCAGCAAAUGGAUCGCCAACAAAUGGAUUCGUGAGAGAGGACAGGAGUUCAGGAGACGCUGCUCCUUAUCUGAGUCUGAGUAG